AUGGCGGACCUCUCUAGUGUCGACGGUCUGCUAGCUGGUGGAAUGCUUGCUAUGCACGAGAGUGUGGCUGCGGCCGUUGAGGGGACACUGGGCCGGCCGAUUCCGGAGGUGGAGAUCUUCUUCCGCGACUUGCACAUUUCAGCGCGUCUCCCCUUGGCAAGACCAGGAGCAGAAGGACCUCAAGUUCCCACGAUUUGGACGCAAAUCAAGCAAGGAGUGAUGAAGUGUUUCUCCAAUCAAGAGACGGCCGAGAAGGAGAUCCUACGUGGCGUCACGGGCGUCUUCAAGCCCACACGCAUUACUUUAGUACUGGGUCAACCUGGUUCAGGUAAGUCUUCGCUGCUAAAGAUCCUUAGCGGACGCUUUCCAAUGAACAAAACCAUCGGAGUGUCCGGUGACAUCACGUACAAUGGCGUGCAACGAUCGGAGCUGCUGGCCAGGCUGCCACGGUUUAUCGCGUACACGAACCAGAAGGAUGAUCACUAUCCUCAACUCACCGUGCAGGAGACGUUUGAGUUCGCUCAUCGAUGCUGUGGAGGUGCCAAUCUUGAACCGUGGGUGCUUAAAGCGCUCGAAAACUGUAAGGGGGAACAACACGAACGGGCCGUCAAAGUCAUGACAGCGCAGCACAAGUUCGCUGCAGAUCUUCGAGUGAAAUCCCUAGGGUUAGAUCGCUGCAAAGACACCAUGGUGGGCAACGCUAUGAUUCGUGGUGUGUCCGGUGGUGAACGCAAACGUGUCACCACGGGGGAAAUGACGUUCGGCCGUAAGCGAGCCAUGUUAUUGGACGAGAUCAGCACGGGUCUGGAUGCUGCGACUACGUACGACAUCGUCAACUCACUCAAGAGUUUAACUCGUCACUUCAAAGCAAACAUCGUUGUUUCUCUCCUACAACCGCCACCGGAAGUGUUCAAUCUCUUUGACGAUAUCUUGAUCAUGAACGACGGACGUAUCAUGUACCAUGGCCCACGUGAACAAGUGCAGGAAUACUUUGAGAAGAUGAGGUUCCGUUGUCCUCCUCGCAAGGAUGUGGCGGAUUUCCUCUUAGAUCUUGGAACAGACAAACAGCACGCCUACAUUAGUGUAGAAUCUGCAGAUGCUGACAUCCCUUUCCAGUCUGUGGAUUUCGCAGAACGCUUCCGGCAGUCCGAUAUCUUCCAAGAUACGUUGACCUAUAUGAGAACAAGACCUGAUCGCAAAUCGGACCUGUUCGAUCCCCUUCAAGACCCGUGUGUGUUCCGACAACCGUUUCUUGAUGAUCUUGCUACGGUACUGCGGCGUCAAUGGAAGAUCAAGCUUCGCGACAGGACAUUCCUUAUCGGACGUGGCUUUAUGGUGCUGAUCAUGGGACUGCUCUACGGCUCUGUGUUCUGGCAAAUGAACGACGCCAACAGCCAGUUGAUCCUCGGCUUGCUCUUCUCGUGUACCAUGUUCCUCUCGAUGGGCCAAGCUGCCCAACUACCAACGUUCAUGGAAGCGCGCAGUGUGUUUUACAAGCAACGAGGAGCCAAUUUCUUCCGAUCUUUGGCGUACGUACUCGCCUCGUCCUUGACGCAGAUCCCCUUCGCUAUAUUCGAGACGCUAUUGUUCGGUUCCAUCGUCUACUGGAUGGGAGGAUACGUAGCUCUUGCGGACAGGUUCAUCUCGUUUUUAGUGACACUUUUCUUGUGUCAAAUGUGGUUCACAGCGUAUUUCUUCUUCCUGUCGGCUGCUUCUCCUAGUAUCACGAUCGCUCAGCCUGUCAUGAUGGUUUCUAUCCUCUUCUUCGUCAUGUUUGGAGGGUUUCUACUAAGGAAGACAGAUAUCCCCGAUUACUUUAUCUGGUUCUACUGGAUCGACUCGGUCGCGUGGAGUAUUCGUUCCCUUAGUGUUAACCAGUAUUUAGCUCCGAAAUUCGACGUCUGUGUGUAUGGAGACAUCGACUAUUGCGCUCAUUUCGGAACAACUUUCGGGAAAUAUAGUCUUAAACUUUCAGGUUUACCAACAGAAGAAGAGUGGAUCUACUUAGGGUGGCUCUACUUCUUCGUCGGGUAUGUGGUUCUCGUUUUUGCAGCACAUUUAGUAUUGGAAUACAAGCGGUACGAAAGUCCGGAGAGUACAACAGUCGUGCAAGCGGACCUCGAUGCUAAGCAGGGACCACCGGAUGCGAAGAUAAGUAGCAUCAAGGUGGCUCCAGCACCUCAAGAUCAUGUUGCUGUUCCGAUUGUGACACCGAGAACUAGAGCUCCGCCUGUCACGUUAGCAUUUCACGAUUUAUGGUACUCUGUGCCCAUGCCUGGUGGCAAGAAAGGAGAGGAUAUCGACCUACUUCAAGGUGUCUCUGGGUACGCCAAACCGGGAACGAUGACAGCUCUUAUGGGGUCUUCUGGUGCUGGUAAAACGACACUCAUGGACGUCAUUGCAGGGCGUAAAACUGGAGGUAAGAUUCGAGGUAAAAUCUUACUGAACGGCUUCCCAGCCAACGAUCUCGCCAUUCGUAGAAGUACUGGAUACUGCGAGCAAAUGGAUAUCCAUUCCGAGUCUGCAACGAUUCGCGAAGCUCUUGUCUUCUCCGCAAUGUUACGACAAAGUGCAAAUGUGUCCACGACGGAGAAAAUGGAGUCGGUAGACGAAUGCAUCGCGUUGUUAGAACUCGGUCCCAUUGCCGACAAGAUCAUCCGUGGGUCAUCGACCGAACAGAUGAAGCGUCUAACUAUUGGAGUCGAGCUUGUUGCACAGCCUAGUAUCAUCUUUAUGGAUGAACCUACUAGUGGAUUGGACGCACGCUCGGCUAAACUCAUCAUGAAUGGGGUACGCAAAAUCGCCAACUCGGGCCGAACGAUUGUAUGUACAAUUCACCAACCGAGCUCGGAGGUGUUCAGCUUUUUCGAUUCACUGUUGCUGCUUCGACGUGGUGGACGGAUGGUGUUUUUCGGACAACUCGGGAACGACUCGAGUAACCUCAUCAACUACUUUAAAGCAGCACCAGGAGUGACACCGAUCGAGCCAGGCUAUAACCCCGCGACGUGGAUGCUUGAGUGUAUUGGUGCUGGCGUCGGUGCCAGUUCUGGUACUGAGAUGGACUUCGCUGACUAUUUUUCAAAGAGUGAAUUGAAGACGCUUAUGGAUAAGGAUCUCGAUGAAGAAGGAGUUCUUCGACCGUCCACAAACCUCCCGGAGCUUAAAUUUUUUAACCAAUUCGCGUCGACAGGCAUGAUGCAGUUUGACUUUCUAUGUCGUCGAUUCUUUCACAUGUAUUGGCGAACUCCGACAUAUAACUUGACUCGGUUGAUGAUCAGUGUGAUGCUUGGUGCAAUUCUCGGUAUCAUCUAUCAAGCCACCGACUAUACUACAUUUACGGGUGCGAAUGCAGGCGUUGGACUGGUAUUCAUCAGUACGGUCUUCUUAGGAAUCAUCGGCUUCAACAGCGUCAUGCCUGUAGCUGCAGAUGAACGUACGGCAUUUUACCGCGAACGAGCAUCCGAGACGUACCAUGCGUUAUGGUAUUUCAUCGCGGGUACAUUGGUUGAGAUCCCGUACGUGUUACUGUCUGCUCUCGCCUUUACUAUCAUUUUCUUUCCAAGUGUUGGGUUCACUGGCUUCGAAACGUUUAUCCAAUACUGGCUUGUGGUAUCUCUCAACGCGCUGUUGUUCGUGUAUUUCGGCCAACUAUUGGUGUUUGCCUUGCCUAGUGUUGCGGUAGCAUCGAUUGCUGGUGCUUUACUGAGCUCGAUCUUCAUGCUGUUUUCGGGUUUCAAUCCACCGGCGAAUAAUAUCUCGCUAGGGUACAAGUGGAUUUACUACAUCUCGCCACCUACGUACAGUAUUGCAACACUUGUUGCCAUGGUCUUUGCCGACUGUCCUGAUGGCACCAGCAGCAAUCUUGGCUGUCAAGUUUUGAAGAACGCGCCACCUACUAUUGGCAAUAUUACCCUCAAACAGUACGUCGAGUUGGCCUUCAACAUGAAGUCGGAUCACAUAACCAGGAACGUCUUGAUCCUCGGUGUUCUCAUCGUGGUAUUCCGAUUGCUAGCGUUGCUGUCAUUACGGUACAUCAGCCACCUUAAACGGUAA